CACCACCUGUUAGUGCAGACCUGUAAGCUUUGGAAUCCACUCUUUUAUGAGGGACUCAUUUAUACUCACGCAAUCGGAGCUCUAUGACGGUGCGUAAAGGAAAGAAACUCACCAUCUCCAUCCAGGAACACAUGGCCAUAGACGUCUGCCCGGGACCGAUCCGACCAAUCAGACAGAUCUCUGCUUACUUCCCCCGUCUUUCCCCAACCGGCGAACCAAUCUCCCCACAUCCUGCUGCCUCUCCAGUGGCCCUCAGCCCUGGGCUCGGGGCAUCUGGAGUGGGGAGCAGCACACUCCUCUCCCCCCUGCAGGCUGGAGCCAGGGGAGGUGGUGGAACACUGUCAUUGUCCAGUAGUGUGGACACAUCAGUGGACAUUAACAGCUCUGACAGUGAUGACUGCACGGCUCUCGGGACAUUAGAGUUCGAAUUGCGGUAUGAAAGAGCAACCAGCUCCCUUCACUGCACCAUCCUCAGAGCCAAGCGUUUGAAGCCUAUGGAUUUUAACGGCUUAGCAGAUCCAUAUGUUAAGAUUCAUCUCCUGCCUGGAGCGAGUAAGGCUAAUAAGUUGAAAACCAAAACCGUACGGAAUUCUCUAAACCCAGUGUGGAAUGAGACUCUAACAUACAUUGGAAUCACGGAAGAAGACAUGCACAGAAAGACCCUGAGGUUAUCAGUGUGUGAUGAGGACAAACUGACUCAUAAUGAAUUUAUUGGGGAGUCACGGGUGGCUCUAAGGCGUGUGAAACCAGACCAGACGAAACGUUUCUACACCUGCUUAGAGCAUCCACCACCUCUUCCCUCUCCAACGGCAACGGGCGCAGCACUGAGAGGGAUCUCCUGUUAUCUCAGAGAGUGGGAGCAUGAGCAGUUGCACAGUCUGGAGGAGAGAGGCCGUCUGUUACUGUCGCUCCAGUUCCUGUCUCCGUCCGUAGAGGGAGAUGGAGAGGCCCGGCGGGGAGGUCUGUGUGUCGGUGUUCAGCGCUGUGCUCACCUCGCCGCCAUGGACGUCAAUGGCUUCUCUGAUCCCUAUGUCAAAAUAUAUCUGAAGCCUGAUGUGCAAAAGAAAUCAAAACACAAGACGGCCGUGAUUAAAAAGACCCUCAACCCAGAAUUUAAUGAGGAGUUCUUUUAUGAGAUCUCUCUCACAGAACUGGUCAGUAAGACGCUGGAGGUCACCGUAUGGGACUACGACCUGGGUCGAUCCAAUGAUUUUAUAGGUGGAGUGUGUCUGAGCUGUCACUCACAGGGAGACGCUCUACGCCACUGGAUGGACUGUCUGAGGAAUAAGGGACAGAGGGUGGAGCGAUGGCAUGUCCUGACCAACGAACUCCCUCAGAGCUCCUGCCAGGACUGAGGAUCUUACACGGGCUGUCAGUGAUAACUUAAUGCUGCAUGGAAUAAAAGACGAACACUCAUGAGUGCAUUUGAGCACUUCAGACUUUGUGCACUAUAUGCUGUAUGCGCUCAUCAUAUACAUAAUCAAUGCAUGAUUGAUAUUCUUGACCGGCACAAGUGCUGUAUUACUUGAACACAACUUGCUCGUUACCGGGAGAGUUUGAGGGAUGGACUGUCAGUCAGUUGCCUUUCGAUUCCAUGUUAUUCGCUGGACCUUACCUGUCAUAUCUCUAUCACUGCUGCACGUUUUAUACACAUUUUUGUAAUGAUAAUUCGAAUCCUCUCACCAUCCCAUGUAGCAUAUCCUUUGGAUUGGUUACAGUAGAAAAUGUAUUUUAUGUACCCAGGAGAGACAUGCACUACAUUAACAAGCGAAGGUGCCUGCAGUAAAAAAUGUUACUCAAUCUGAAUUACACAAGAAGCUUAUUAUGGAUCAAGUUUCUCACUAAUGAUUUUGGACACUGAAUGUAUCAAUUGGAUAUCAGGACUGUUACUCAUAAACCAUCUCAGAACUAAUAAGAACGGGAGUUUUAUCCAGUCCUAAAUUAGCCUUCCUUCUUUCAGAUCCCUUGUAAAUACUGGCACUCGUAUAAUCACGACUAACCAUCUGUUUUGUAGCAUGAGGAAAUGUUUACAGCAUUAUAAAGCAUGCACCGACAAUGUUUUUUCCAGGGCUGUAUUUCUUGUCAUUAUGAAGUCCCAUUUGCUAAUGUUUUUUUUUUU